AUGGUGCUCCAGAAUAUGUUCAGUGCUCUCUCCUUCCUCCACUACCGGAAGGAUGAUGACUUUGUGGACCGACUGUCUUACUUCUACACCUCUUCUUUUCUCACAAUGAUGGCUGUUCUUGUCAGUUUCAAACAAGUAAGCUCAUGUGUUUCCCGGACCUUUUCUUCUCUAAAGUAAUGUAGUGUUUGGAUUUCCGUACCCAUCCCACUUUUUUUGGUAAUUGGGCUGAGGAUACCCUUAGACCGAACGCAACUCAGCCUAAACUUUGGGGGGCUAGGCAAAAAAAUCAUAGACUGAAGCCGACAGAACGGCGUUCCGAGAUCUAGCCAGUGUAAUUGUAAGAGUACAAUAAGUAACACGUGUACUUUCAGUUUGGCGGGCGCCCUCUGGAAUGUUGGGUAAGUUGACACGCGCAGAUCCCAUGGGAUGUUUAUGGUUCCGUUAAGAUGACAGAAGUAAUGUGACAUUUCAGGUACCGGCGCAAUUCACAGCUUCUUGGGAGGCCUACACAGAGAUGUUUUGCUGGGCCAAAAACACAUACUUUGUCCCAUUUGACGAGGUAUUUGCGAAAAUUCCGAUGACAUUCUCCCUGUUAUUUAGAACGUAUUGUAAUAGUCGGUUUCAGGACAUUCCAGUGGACAUCGCCGACCGAGAAUACCGCCAAAUAUCAUAUUAUCAAUGGGUUCCGUUCUUUCUGCUUAUUCAGGCCUUUCUUUAUUAUAUCCCCUGCUUGAUGUGGAGAUUAAUGAGCGACAAAUCGGGUAAUUGCUUCAGCCAAUUUUUAUAUUUUUAUGCAAAGUCAGGCAGUAGUCUUAAUUGGACUAUUACUACUCUCCAAAAGAUUAAGAAAUGACAAUAAAUUAUUACCAGAGAACAACUAUUCGACACAAAAAUUAUCUUUUACAGGUAUCCGUCUAAAUGACAUUGUCCAGAUGGCAACAGAGAAGGAGAACAUUGAGCCGGAAUACCGUCUCCGGACUCUCGAGUCCCUGGCCCGACAUAUCGAGGCGGCUUUGCGGUAAGUCCAUUCCUUGGAUCGGCCCCAAAUUGCCUUCGUUAUCGUAAAUAAACGAUUUCUUUCUAGAUACCAACACACAGCGACGUCCCGCACCCAGUACACUUUACAUCGCGUGUUCAAAUGCUUUAAUUUGCGUUAUUACGAGAGUUAUGUGACAGGCUUGUAUCUGGUGGGUUGUUUUCGAAUAUGUUAUUUGGUGUUGUAGGCGACGAAAGUGCUCUACGUAGGGAACAUCUUGACGAAUCUGCUGUUGGUCAACAAGUUCCUCGAGACGGACGAGUACAGUGUUUACGGGCUGGGUGUGCUCAGGGAUCUCCUUUUCGGCCGCUCCUGGAUGGAAUCCGGGAAUUUCCCCAGAGUUACUUUGGUAUGUUCUUUUAAAGACCAAUGGGCAUCCAAUAUGCUCGGUUUAUCUUUCUUCCAGGUUAAUAUGUAGGGUUAACAACGUAUCCCAUUUUUUGUCAAUUGUCUUAAAUGUUAUGCUAUUUUUUAGUGUGAUUUUGAAGUACGGGUAUUAGGAAACAACCAGCGACAUUCAGUGCAAUGUGUGCUGGUCAUCAACAUCUUCAACGAGAAGAUCUUCAUUUUGCUUUGGCUCUGGUUCUCUAUCCUUUUUGUGCUGGCCACAUUAGAUGGGCUUUAUUGGUUCAGUAUCUCGCUAUUUCAUCGGGAUCGCUUCCGUUUUGUUCUCCGCCAUCUCGAAUUGACAUCGGACCCCGAUCGACCUGAACUAUUCAGGAAGGAGAACAGGAAACAAGUCGAGCAUUUUCUGAGAACAUAUCUUAAAGUAGACGGUGUCCUCAUAUUAAGAAUGAUCGCGCUACAUGCAGGAGUCAUGUAUUGCACAGAGAUCACUGAUGCUUUGUGGAAAAGAUACCUCUCACAGCAUCCAGAGAAUCUGAUCGACGAGGAUUCUUCGCUCAUUCACUUUGCUCGGUAGGAAUAACAAUAUUAUAUUGCUUCGAAUACUUCGCAGCAUUAAUUAUCACAUUAUGUUUGCAGAACACAAUCGAUACGGCGAUCGCGGCAUCUCAGUGGCGGUGAUGGAGCCGGCUCAAGUUCUUCCUUAACCCCCAAUCAUAACGGCGGACAUCAACGUCUUUCACGAUUCCUUUCUCAACGCACUGGAGGAAGCUUCCGGUUCCACCGAGGCCAAUCCGGCUCCAGAUCUCUUCCCAAAAAACAAGACCGGACCCCAAGCCCUCAGGGCACUCCCGCCACUACAGGUAGGACUGAAAAAGACCGAAUCAGUGAUCCCAGUCAUACAGAUAACGCCGUCUAGUCGACCAAACAGUCGUUCUGGCCAGCAUAAGAGCGUGAUCAGCUCUGCCUCUUCAGAGCCAGUGGAUUCAGGAGUUUCGGCAGCCAUAAAGAAUCGCUCAAAGAGUGCCCUAAGAGCAUUACGACUUACAGGAUCCGAAGGAAGCAAGGAGAAGUUGUUCCCCAACAAAAACGACGCGCCGGUCCCCCUUUGA